CGGGUUGGGCGGAGGUUGUAUUCCUCCGCCAGAAACAUUCUCUGUUUAGGAGAUAGAAAAAACCUUCGAGCUGAAUUUUACUAUUUGUGACCAUUCUUUGCCUUCGUUUCCCCAUCGCCGGGCUUUUGUAGCAGACUACAGCGAUCUACAUGCAGUAGGAGCUCCCCUGCCGCUAUGACUGUGCGAUCUGCGUGACGGUAAAGCUGCUUCCGAAGCCUUCUCUCGGGCCUGGUUGGGGAAGGGUGCGUUGCAUGGCCGAGCGUCCUACCCGCCACACUCGCAACCAUGAACAAGCGCAGUAAAAGACCCAGCGCUGGAAGGUAUAGUGGAAUGACGCAGAAUCAACCCAGGACUGGUGGCCGAAACUUGAAAGGACCAGUUGCCCAGAAUGUACAAGGUCAAAAUGCUCCGUUAGAAGGUGUUUAUGCCAACUCCCGCUUAAUUCACAUCGCUACUUCGCUGGUGGGCAAUGUAGUACAAGUUCAAGUUAAGGAUGGGAGCAUUUAUGAAGGUGUCUUCCGCACAAUGUCUCCUAAGAUGGAGGUUGUGCUGGAGCUGGCCCAUAAGGUGGAGGUUGGUCAGACCUCCCUGCCCAGCCGGGACCAGCUGCAGGAGAAGCUGAUCUUUCACCAGGAGAACGUGGUCAUGCUGACCGCUCUGGACGUCGACCUGGACUAUGCAACUAAAGGUGGGGUCGAUGAGAGAGGGUCACCUCUGCCAGGCCCAGCGGACUCGUUCACAGACGCAGCCAUCAGCAAGUUUAACGGGCAGAUCGGGGAGAAAGAGCUGCAGCCGUGGGAAGCUGACUCGGAACAGGCGCCGGAUCUACUGCUUGACGCUGAUGGGGGCACCGUUAGUUCCAAUGGCUGGGAUGCCGCUGAGAUGUUCCGCACCAACGAGAAGCGCUACGGGGUCCAGUCUUCCUACGACAGCAGCCUGGCUGGAUACACGACUCAGCUGAAGGAAGAAGACACCAAAGAGUACCGUGAGAAGCGAGACCGUGCCCAGCGCAUCGCUGACGAGAUCGAGCGGAGUACCGACUAUCAGCGCCGCGUGGCUCUGGAGGUUCACGAUGACGAGGAAGCUGCGUUCAGCGCGGUCCACCGGCCCAGUAGGAACGACGGCGGAGGGGAUCUGCAUAACCGCUAUGUACCACCACACAUGAGGAAAGACACGUCACGGGGCCGGGGGCAGCAGAUGUCGCCCAAACCCCAGAGGACGGGGCACCACGGCCCGGGCGGCAUGGGGCCGCGGGGGUCCCCACGGGCGGGCGCCGGCUCCCCACACACGGUCGGCACCCAUCCCCACGCCGUGUCGCCGCAGAACAGGAGACCAGGGGGCGUCCCCCCGCAGCACGCCAGCUCGCAAGCUCCGCAGCACGUCGCCCCUCCCGGUCCUGCCAAGAACGAUAGCAAUAGUAUCCCUCCCACUGUUAAUGGAGAAGCCUCCAUCCCCCAGCCCUCUCCCGUAGCCUCUGGCCAGCCUGAUGGUAGCAAGCAUCCCGCUAGUGAAGUAGUGAGUAGGAACGUGCCUCGAAGAGACGAUCUCAACAAGCCCGCCCUUCCGCCAGCCCAGGCCCCCCAGCAGCACCCUAGUUCUACUAUUUAUUCUAAUACAGAGAGAAAGAAUCCUCCAGCUAAAGGUCUCAAUCAGCAAUUGACAUCUCUCAAGAAAUUCUCAGAAGAGUUCAGGCUUUCUGAGGGUACAAAUAAACAUGAUCCCAAACCCAAAGCAGAGGAAAUUAAGGAUAGUAAGGAACUGUCGAAAGAUGCGUCCACGUCUAAAGACAAAGAAUCCAGUACUACAGUUAAAGAGGAGAGAAAAGAGAGCAAAGCGACAGAGACCGUUCCCAUGAAGGAGGGCGAGCAGAAAGGGGACAAGUCUCAAGACAACCCCAAACAAGGAGAGGGGAUUGCUGAAACCGUUAAGAAGUCCCAGUUGAAUCCAAAUGCGAAGGAGUUCAAUCCGUCAGCAAAGCCGUUUGUCCCGGCAGCAGCAGCCAUCUCGUCAGCCCCGCGCGCCAGGAAUCAGACCCCCACCCCUCCCCGUCCUCAGACACAGAGUCCAGUCGUCAUGCAACAACAGGGUCCCAUGAUAGUUCACGGAACCCCGUUGUUCACCAGUGUUCCAUCGUACGGCAUUGUUUCCACGGGCUCCACGAUGACCAUGACUGGACACCCCACCUUUGUAGGACCCAUCUACGCGCAGCAGCAGCAGAAGACAAUAUACGCCAAAAAAGUGAUGGCCCACCAGCAGCGGUCAGACGGUCAUCCUCCGCAGACUGGACCGGUCACCCCUCUCAUCUCCCCCGGACCUUACCAACAACAGUUUGUGCAGUAUCCACAGGGCAUCGUGGGGCCAGGCCAGACCAUGAUGCCUCAACAGGCACCAGGCUAUCCACAGCAAACCAUGUACCCGAUGGUGCAGGGCACAGCCAGGAUGGUGACUCCACAGAUGCCCCUCCAGAAUGCCCACCCACCACAGGGCUACCCUACAGACCAACACUCCGCUCCCAUGUUCGUGACUCACUCUGCCGGUACCAUGCAAGGGGGUCAGCAGAUCUACCCCCAGGCCGCCCAGGUCCACCACCACGCCCAGCCCCCUCCCCACCUGGCCGCCCAGGGGCACCCCAACGCCUCGCAGCAGCACGCCUCCCCGCAGCCCCAGUCCUCCGUCAUGCAGCAGCAGCAGCAGCAGAGUAACCACCCCACCCCCAGCCCCGUGCACCAGCAGGGACACGGGCAGGGCCAGGGACAGGCUCAGCAGCAGCACACCAUGGGCCCCACACCGCAGCUGGUCUACCACAUGCCCCAGCAGAUGAUUCCAGCUGGUAACCAGGCUCACAGCCAGAGCUCGCAGACAUUACACCACCACAGCAUGGGCCCCGGGCAGCAGCCCCAGUUUGCUCCGCACGCCGCGGGCGCUCCCGUCACGCACAUGGCGCAGACGCACGGCCAGCACCCCCAUCCCCAGGCACAGAUGGUGUUGGUGCCCCAGGUAAGGAAGGCACAGAUGAGUGGGCAGGGCCACAGUCCCACCAGUGCACCUCACGGGGCCAUUGCUGCAAUCCCAGCAUCCUCUGCUGCUACCGCCCAGAUGACACCACAGUACCUCACACACGCUCAAGGUCAGCAGCGCACCUCUCAUCACCAACAGCCUCCCAUGCAAGCCUACCAGCAGGGAAACUAGUUCUGAGGGGACGGCCGGCCGGGAUUGGUCGCAACGCGCAGCGGUCACAACAACUCUGUGUCGGAGGAAUCUUACUACGACAUGCCAGCACAUCUAUAAUUAAUGAAGCUACGACUGUUUUAGAUUGUAGAGAAGAAAAAAAAAAUCUGGGAACUAAAUUAAAGAAGAAAGAAGUUAAAAGAGAGUAUUGAAUGAUGGAACGUCACUAAGUGUUGGCAGAUAUGAAAAGGGUGCCCAAUGGCCCUUUUGUUUUAUCCUGUUUAAGAAAAAAGCAGAUCAGAGAAGAUUGCCGGGUGAAGGAGGUCGAACUGAAUUUUUGUUUGACUUUUUUUGUAGACACCAAUAAAAUAAAACAAAACA